AUUGAUCAUUAAUAUCAUUAAGGCCAAACUUAGCCCACUAAGCAGUAGCCCUUCAUUAUUCAGCCAUUGCCAAAAACCCAUAAACUACUCAGAGAAACAAUGGCUAGUAGAUUGGUAGUGGUUCAACCAAACCAAGCAGCUUUCUUUCAUUCUUCUCUCUCCUCUGACUUCAAUGGCUGUAGACUCACCCACUCUGUUCAGUUCAAGAGAAAUGUGGUGCAGCCAAAAGGAGCAUUACAUGUUACAGCAUCAAGUGCCAAGAAAAUCCUUAUCAUGGGAGGCACCCGAUUCAUCGGUGUAUUCUUGUCAAGACUCCUUGUCAAGGAGGGACAUCAGGUGACACUUUUCACAAGAGGAAAAGCACCAAUUGCCCAACAAUUGCCUGGUGAAUCAGAAGCUGAUUUUGCUGAUUUUUCAUCCAAGAUCCUACACUUGAAAGGUGAUAGACAGGAUUUUGACUUUGUUAAAAGCAGCCUGGCUGCAGAAGGCUACGAUGUUGUUUACGACAUAAAUGGAAGAGAGGCAGUUGAGGUAGAACCAAUAUUGGAUGCACUUCCGAAAUUAGAACAAUAUAUUUACUGCUCCUCGGCUGGUGUUUAUCUCAAAUCAGACCUCUUGCCACACUGUGAGGCAGAUGCUGUUGAUCCUAAGAGUAGGCACAAGGGAAAGCUUGACACAGAGAGCUUGCUUCAAACAAGGGGUGUAAAUUGGACUGCUUUAAGGCCUGUGUACAUAUAUGGUCCAUUGAACUAUAACCCAGUCGAAGAAUGGUUCUUCCAUCGCCUCAAAGCUGGCCGCCCAAUUCCUAUCCCUGGUUCAGGAAUUCAAAUUACCAGUCUUGGUCAUGUUAAGGACUUGGCAGAUGCAUUCGUAAAUGUUCUUGGAAAUGACGCAGCAAGUGGACAAGUAUUCAAUAUUACUGGAGAGAAGUAUGUAACCUUUGAUGGACUAGCAAGGGCAUGUGCAAAGGCUGGUGGAUUUCCAGAACCUGAGAUUAUCCACUAUAACCCCAAGGAGUAUGAUUUUGGUAAAAAGAAGCCUUUCCCAUUCCGUGACCAGCAUUUCUUUGCAUCAAUAGAAAAGGCAAAGAAGGAACUUGGUUGGACACCAAAGUUUGACUUAGUCGAAGGCCUCACAGACUCAUACAGCCUUGACUUUGGAAAGGGAACAUUCAGGAAAGCAGCUGAUUUUGAAACAGAUGACAUUAUCUUGGGCAAGACCCUUGCUACUGUCUAAAACAGUUUUCUGCUAUAAUCAACUAUUUCUUGUUGUAAGCUACAGAGUACAUUUUUUCGCGCUCUUCAAAUAUUGAUUAUAAUCUGAGAUUAUUGUGGCUGGGUAAUGAAUGAAGCAAAUAUAUUACAAGUAAUUAGUCAUGUCUCAGACUUGUUUAA